AUGAAUCCUCGUGAGCCUUUGUACGACUCCUUUUCCGAAGAACCCAUCGGAGAAGGAAACUCCAACAAUGGAGCGGUUAUGAAUGGCUCAUCUGCCAAUCCAUCAACUCAUCAAUAUUAUAGUUUUUCAGCAGAUCAAUUCUCUCCACCACAAAGAAAACGGAUUGGACUUGGAACAUUGGCCAUUUUGUUCGGAAUUUCAUGUGUCAUUAUUUCAGCAUUGAUUGUAUUGAUUGUUGUGAGUGCUGUGUUGUAUUGGGGUCCCGGUCAAAAUAAGAAGAUAUUUCCAAAUCCAGAGUACACACCAAGUAGUGAUUAUUUACAUUUUAUUGUUGUUGGUGAUCAGGGAAGAGGAAAUGAUGAACAGAAGAAAGUGGCAGAAAGUAUGGCUCGAUAUUGUAACUUUGAAAAUGGAAUGAAUCCACAGAAAUUGCCAUGCCAAUUCAUUAUUGGAACUGGAGACAAUAUUUAUGACAAUGGAGUGACAGAUGUCAAUGAUGUCCAAUUUAAAACAAAAUUUGAAGAUAUUUAUGUACAAGAUAGUUUGAAGAAUUUAGAUUGGUAUUUUGUUUUGGGUAAUCAUGAUUAUAGAACGAAUCCUGAAGCUCAAAUUUCGUAUUCGCAAGUUAGCAAGAGAUGGAAAAUGCCAAAACAAUUUUAUAAUUUUGAAAAGACUUCUACUGAAAACAAAUUUAAAGUGUCAUUUGUCAUGCUUGAUACAAAUCCAUUUGUGAACAAGUACUUUUCAGAUUCAAGGGCCAAUCAAACUGCAUUGGUACAACAACGAGCGUUUAAUAAUGACCAAAUCAAAAUGGUAGAGAAUAUCUUGAGUGCCAAUAUGAACAAGAAUGAUUCAUGGAAUUUGGUUGUAGGACAUCAUCCAUUGUAUAGUGCUGGACAACAUGGACCCACCACUCAAGAACUUGUCGACAAUUUUGAACCACUUUUUACGAAAUACAAGCUACCAAUGUACUUGUGUGGACAUGACCAUUUGUUGAACUGGCUUUCAAAUUCAGAUAGUGCUUUCCCAACGCAAUAUGUCAUUUCUGGAGGAGGAGCAGGAAAUACACGGCCAAUGAUUUACAACAAGUACUCGUUGAAUGAUUUGAAUGAUUCUGGAUUUUUCUCUGUUGAAGUGCAAGCUACUUUUAUGUUUGUGAGAGCUUUUGAUAAGUAUGGAAGCGAGGUGUGGAAAUUUAAAAUCACGAGGCAAUAA